AUGGAGAAAGCCGCCACAAAACCCUACGUCAUGCGCGAAGUCCCUGGCAAAGGCAGAGGACUCAUCGCCACCUCCAAAAUCCCCAAAGGAACCCGCAUCAUCUCCGAAGCGCCCUUAUUCCAGGUCUCAUCUGUCGAAAUACGUCCCGACGUCUUAGAAGCGCUCAUCGUCUCGGAGCUUCACCACCUAACCAAGGACCAGAAGCGUGCCUACGUCUCCCUGCGCAACUCGUACAGCAAAGAAUCGGGUGUCAGGCCCAUCUUCGGCAUCGCCAAAACCAACGUCCUCCUCUUUGGCACCCACGAACCGGAGGGUGGGCUGUUCCUUGAGAUGUCUCGCAUGAAUCACUCUUGCCGGCCCAACACACAUUACAAUUGGAAUAACAAGACCGAGCGGUUGACCAUCCACGCGCUGAGGGAUAUUCAAGACGGGGAGGAGCUCACCGUCUCGUACAUGACGCAGACUGGACCGCGGGUGCACCGCCAAAAGUUUUUGGAGGAUUGCUUCUUCUUUCACUGCGAGUGCGAGCUGUGUGGCUUGCCGCCGGGGGCGAGCGAGGAGAGCGAUAUGCGGUUGUUGGAAAUUGCGGCGAUUGAGCAUGAACUCGAGGAUGGUAAUGGGACGUUCUAUUACGCAAAGGCGCUGGCGCUGUUGCGGGAGAUGUUUGCGGUUUUUAGGGAGGAGGGGAUCUGGGAUCAGUCGAUUCCGAAGGUGCAUGUUGUUGCGUUUCAGAUUGCGUGUAUGUAUGCGGAUGAGAGGAGGGCCAAGAUCUUUGCUCAGCGGGCGCUCGAGGUUAGGGUUGUAAUUGAGGGGGAGGAUAGUCUUGAGGUUGCGAAGUUGAGGGGGUAUGUGGAGGACCCUUCUCAACAUGCGUCGUGGCAGUUGAGGGGUAGAUCUCCCCCUGAUGAGGUGGCGAGGAUGGAGGGGUCGGAGGUGGAUGACUGGCUUUGGGGUAAGAUGACGCUGGAGGCGGCGCUGGAUGGAUAA